CAGCGUUAAACGCAGGCAGCGUCCAUUCGAUCAAUUUGUAUCUCGACGCAGUCUAUUUUCAUGGCGCCUCAAAGUGAACAUAUUAAAAGGCCAAUGAAUGCGUUCAUGGUAUGGUCUAAGAUGCGAAGGAAAAGGAUUUCCCAAGAAAAUCCACGAUUACAUAAUUCUGAAAUCUCAAAACUUUUGGGAGCUGAGUGGAAGCAGCUUUCCGAAUAUGAUAAAAGACCUUUUAUAGAUGAAGCAAAACGUCUUAGGACUCAGCAUAUGCUAGAGCACCCUAAUUAUAAGUAUAGGCCUCGUAGAAAAUCCAAGAUUAUGCUAAAAAAUUCAAUUCCCAAUCAACAAGAACAACAAUUUCUUGAGAAGAAAAAUAUUUAUGGACAAAAUGAAAAUCCGUAUGCGCUGCCUACUUAUCCUCCUGUACCUCAGCAGAACGGAGCACACCAACCCUACACGCUAUCGUUUACUCUGCCAUCUUCAGAAAGGAUAUCUUCAACCUAUCAAGAUUCCAUUAGAAUAUCGGAGACUCGUUUGCAAGUACCCGAAGAAUUUCCAUCAUUCGAAAACAACAGUAAUCAUCCAAGAGAAUAUCUUCCACCAUUACUGCCUUAUUCCACACUACAGAGCAAUCUACAUCAUAGUCCCAUAUUAAGAGCUGCUUCCGUAUAUGGUUACCACGAUUUAUCUUCUAGUAACACGUUGCCGUUAUAUUUUCCACAUAUUUGAAAAUUUUGG